CUACAACAAACGCCCACCCUAACGGGCCUAACCCCCCUUCCCCCCACCACAAUUGUACCUAGUACUACUAGUUACCUUGUACAUACAAUCGCCGGAAUCACAGUUAUUACUAAGAAAGUAAUCAACAGCGCGUCGCAGCAGCUGCUAACAGCUAUCCAAACGCGGUUAACAUCUUAUCCGAUAAAUCGCCGGCGCAUCUGCUGCUGCAUUUUUACGCCUCUUUGAAAGCUACAGCUCAAGUUACAACAACAUCGAAUAAUCGUAUUUACAAAUAAUACAACUCCAAGAUUGUAAGCCUCUCCAAUCGUCAAUAAAAUAAAUCAAAAAUAGAAAAUAAAAAGAAGGAAGAAAUAUGCUAGACCCGUCCAAGUUCGACCGUAUUUUCGGUCCUCUGGAUCCUUUCCCUUACGACCGCAAAGUUACUCAACACCUAGAGGCUUCUCGUCGGAGUCUUGACGGUUCAUUGUUCAUUGACCGAGUGAUGAAAGCUCUAAAUUUAUCCAAAGCUACCAGUCAAUACCCUCCUAAGAAUAGCGACGCCCUUCGACAGCUAUACAGCCAAAUAUGCGAGACUAAGAACGCUACCAUCCACCACAAGCUCUCAGUGGUCUUUUAUCUACUCCUCGAUGUUGACGAUCGCAAUGGGUCUAACCGGGCAGAAACCCAUGCCCAGCGUACCAGCAUGCCUAAAAAUUACAGGAUCUUUAUGAAGGGCUUAUGGCACAUGGACGCGCUGCAAUUCGAUCUCGCAUUACAGUAUCUUACACAUCCGUCGCUCCAGCCCGAUUUCGUCGACGAUAUUAUCACCGUCCUCGUCCGCAACGCUAAGAAUGGCGACUAUAGUCUUCCUCUUGCCUACUACCAUACAGUUCAACCUAUCAUCCAAUCGUCUUCGGCGUUAGAGUUAUUGUUCAACACCCUCGCGCGAUCGAGCGUCAUCGACGCCUUCCAAUUUUCACGGUCGCAUGCUGAGUUCAUGCGUCGGCAACUUUUUAAGCGCCUCGUCCUCUCCGUGCUAGAAUCCGCCCACGAUGACGAGUCCGCUGAGAGGGCACUCGAUUUAACUAGCCUGCCAUUUGACGCCCAGGAAGAGCAGUGGUUUAGGGAAUCCUUAGAGAGCGGCGAGGGAAAGCGAUUGGCCGUGGCAAAGGAUACGCUUCUCAUGCGCCGGAUUGCUGCUGGCCAUGCUGGAUUCGGAGGCGAAGCUGGUACUUGGGCUGUUGUUCUAGAGGGUGUGAAAACAGGAAGUGGUGGACGUGCACAGGCGUAAACAAGCCGAAAUGGUUGGAUUUUAAUGAUGAAUUUGUGAAUAUCAAUCACAUAGCGCCGGCGUUUGGCUUAUGUUGGAGCUUUCUCACGGAAUUAGGGAAUCCACUAAUUAAUAAAUAUAUCGCCUUGGACUUUUACGUCAACGUCCAAUUACACAGGAGACGUUAUUUAACGUCUAAAAUACCAUUUUAAUGAAGCU